AUGCCCAUCCAUUUUAUUCUUGAUGAUCCAGCUCUCUUCCCUAACAUAAAACCAUUAUCAACACCGUUGUUAUACCCUCGACGAGACCUCGGCUCUUCAAGCAUCAUGCGUUUCACUCUCGGCAUGUUUUCCACUCUCAGCACCAUCGCUAUAGCAGACAACAUCUUCGAAUCUCUUUUCUCAGUCGCAACCUCCAACGUCGCAUCCGUCUACGGCGAAAUCACAUCUCGAAUCCCCCAGACCAGCGACACUUUGAAUUCCCUGAGUGCUGACAUCAGCAGUCUUAGAUCUCAAUACUCAUCCCUGAUUUCCGUGUCAGCGACUGCCACCGGUAGUGUAUUGAGCUCCUUGUCCUCCGACAUAUCCUCCAUAGAGACCAGGGCCACGAAUGUGCAGGCUUCUGUUGUCAGUCUCCAAUCUGUCAUUGCAACAAGAACUAGUUCGCAAUCAGCUUCUCAGACUGUGGCUACGGGUGCUGCAGUUCGUGAUGUCGCCGGAGCCAGAGUCAUGGGAGCCGUUGGAGGUAUCGUGAUACUUGGGGUUUUGAUCUAA